AUGAUUAAUUUUCCCGGGGAAUUGUUAAUCAAGAUUUUCAAGUUAGUUGGCAAUGAUAAACUAUUACUUGAUAUCCGUGAGAAUACAAACUCUGAAUUUGUUGUGGAAUGUGUCAAUACGGUGAUAUUUGAAAAAUUGACCUUGAAAACCAUGGAUCUCAAUAAAAUUAAGGAAGGGACUCACGUCAGAUGCGCCGAUAACUUGAUACUAGCACUUUACCCUUGUUUUAACGAUAUAUCUCUCGACAAUUUUGAAAUAAACAAAAUAUAUAAUUUCAAGAACUAUGUCAAACGACUUGAGGUUCAUCUUUAUGAUAUAUAUCAUCACGACAGUUCUGAUGAUAUUGUCCAGUGUCAAGUUAUGGGAAUAUUGAAAUUCAUUGGAUCCCUUCCAGGCUUGACCGAAUUAUAUAUUACUUUCCAUCAAUCCCGUUUCAUGGUCAACAGCUAUUGGUCAAAGAUUGAAGAAGGUGUAUUAAAUGGGAAACUAACAAGAUUGACAAAAUUAAAUUUCAAAAGUUGUCGUGGAUCAAUCUAUCAAUCAGCAAUCAGCCCAUUCAUCCAUGUUGAUCUUGAUAAAUUUCAUCUUCCAAGUUUACAAGAAUUGACAUUCGAAGGGAAAUUUAAAGUGUUUUCUAAGAAUCUCAAAGGGCUUCCUCAAUUGGAGAUCGUGAACAUGACAGAUUCAACCUACUGCUCCGAAAACGAAGACUUGGAUCCCAUGAUUUUAUUUGUGUAUUCCCUGUAUCAUGUACAUGAACAGAUUAGAGGGUUUCAACAGAUUGAAUCUUUAAAAUUCCUCAAUUUAUCGGGAACCAACAUCAGCAAAAUUUUUGAUCUUGAAAGAUUUCAACAGAUUCAGCAUCUUAACUUAUCCAGAAAUAGAAUUAGUGAGAUAGAAAAUUUGGGAGGGCUAGUUAAUUUAGAAACGUUAGAUUUAAACUAUAAUAAUAUCAAGAUGGUUGAAGGUUUGAGUAGCUUGCAAAACUUGACCAAAUUAUCAUUGACAAGAAAUAGAAUCACUGAAAUUCAAAAUAUUAGAAAAUUGAAGAGGUUGUCUGAGCUUAUUUUAGAUUAUAAUUAUAUUACAACUUUAGAUGAUUAUACUGUUGAACUACCUCUGCAUCUUGAAUAUUUAUCUAUUUCCUACAAUAGGAUUUCCCAUAUAGAUAUCGAAAGAAAAUACCCUGCAUUGAAAUUCCUUUGCUUGGCAGGAAAUAAUCUUCAAAUUCUUCCAAAUUUAGCUUCUUUUCCAGUGUUGAAUCAUCUUGAUGCUUCAUCGAAUAAUAUUCACGUUAUUGAAGACUUGAAUAGCUGUUGUGAGUUGGAAGUUCUAUGCCUCUCUGAUAAUCGAAUCCUGAAGCUUGGAAAUUUAGAUAAUUUGAUAAAGCUAAAUAAUCUUGAUUUGAAAUCUAAUCAAAUUGAGUCUUUGGAAUUUUUGACAAAUUUGGAAAAUUUAAGACAUCUUAGUAUUUGUGGGAACAAUAUUUCAGAAAUUGUGUUGACUGAUGGUCUUAACAAGUUGGAAUCUUUGAAAAUUCAGUUUCAAGAUCAUGGUAUUUCAAAUAUAGUCUUGAAGAAUAGCUUAAACAACUUGAAGAAUUUGGAAAAUAUCCCUUUGAGUAUCGAUGGACUCAACUUAUCAUUAGAAAAUAGUUUAAACCACCUUGAGAUCUUGAAAGUUCAAAAUUGCAAUAUUGAAAGAUUUUCAUCCUCUAGAAGUUUGAAGAAAGCCAAGCACUUGGAUUUAUCUUAUAAUUCAAUCACUUGCAUUGAUUAUGUACAAGAUUUUGAAAGCUUAAAUUCCAUCAAGUUAAACCAUAACUCCCUUAAAAAGAUACCAAAGUUUGUGAACUGCCCCAAUUUAAAGUACGUCAAUUUGUCAAGAAAUAUGAUUGGAAGAAUUGAAAAUGUUCAAACAAUCAACACUCUUGAGAAAUUGUACUUGUUUUGCAAUAAAAUCACCCUGUCUCGAGAUAUCAUACGUUUAUUACAAGCUAAAAACGUGGAAAUCUUUGCCGACAUAAUGAAUGAUUCUAGAAACGAGGUUUUAGAAAGGUUUAAUGAUCCCGAAACUCCUCGAAAAAAACGCAAAUUAUGA